AUGUCUGAUCUACCUGGUGCGCAUCUGAUCUCUCCCGAUGGCAAGAGUUGCGUCAAGAUAGACCACGAGCGAGUGUUAGAGGUACUCUCGUCGACGGCGCCGGUACGAACUGCAGAUGGCAAGAACGCUUUCUACACCAAGGAUGGAUGGUAUUUGUUGACUGAAACCCCCGAACGCACCCAAGAAAUACUCGAUGCACAAGCGAAAGAUAAUAGAGCUUGA